ACGCUAAAGAAAUCUUGGAACUUGAAGUCUUGAACCCUUUCAGAUCGCUCCAAUAAGCAAGCAGGCUAGCUAGUAGCUACACUGCCACUCACAACGCAUCACUACUCACACUUCCUCCAUCGCCAGUAGCACGCCACCACAACCGCGAAGCCUUUCGCCUACAUCUCUCCCGGCUCCUCCCCCUUCCGUCUCGUAGGCUCUUGAUUCUUGGCACCUGCAUCAGCUCGUUGCUCACUCCAUCCCGGUAUCUCCUUCUCCGGGACAGGAUAUGAAGAUUUUCAGCUGGGUGGCGAACAAGAUCGGCGGGAAGCAAGAAGCGAGCCGGUUCCCAGCAAGUUCUUCUGGGCCUUCUCGCGCUAAUGUGUCGGAUUGUCGCAAGGAUGAGUUCAGCGACUGGCCCCAAUCAUUGCUUGCAAUUGGGACUUUUGGAAACAAGCAGAUAGAGGAGGUAGCACAAGUGCAUAACUCCCCCGAGGAUGUGCAUUCCAUGCAAGACGGCAUCAAGUUUACGGAAGAGGAAGUAGACAAGAUACAGAAAGAAUUUGCAAUGAUACUAGCAGGCAAAGACCAAGGGGAAGCUCAUUAUUCGCAUGAUGAUGAUCAGCCCAAAACUGUCGAUGAGAGCGUCAAUGAGAAGCACAUGGACCAGUUGAUGUACAAGAAGAUCAUCAUAAGUAAAGCAAGAGAUUCACUGGGGAAGAAAAGAAGUAAUAUUAAGCCGAGAUCGGUUGCUUCCCUACUCAAAUUACUGAUAUGUAAGGGUGGCUUUACCUCUGCGGUUCCUGACCCAAGAAGCUCUUUCCCUCAAUCAAGAAUCGAGAAGCUGCUCAAGGCAAUACUGCAGAAGAAAAUACACCCGCAAAAUUCUUCGGCGCAAGGACCUAGGAGGCAUUUGGACUGGAAGCCGGACGAGCAAGAAAUCAACGAAUGCCUCGAGGAUGCACUCCGUGAUCUAGAUGAUGACGGCGCAAAAUGGGUCAAAACUGAUUCAGACUUUAUUGUGCUGGAAAUGUAAAGGUGGGUGAAUACAUUUGUUCAUUCAGGUCAGGUCCCCGACCGUCUUGGCCAGCUAGGGGUUCACACUGUUAUGAUAUUACCAUAUACAUAGAGAGAAGUGUGGGAUAUAGUCAGCAAUGAAGCUACGAAUUAUUAUGUAAUGCAUGCCCCUCUGUUUCUGACAUAAAUCAUUUGUAAUUUGGGUUACUUGGAUUAUGAUAAGAAACUCCCGGGACAAACCAUGCCUCAUGUGUCCGUUCUUCACUCCCUCAUCCUUGAGAUUGUACACUACAAGGCCUUUAAAUUCCCAAUUAUAACCAUCCAUAGUACUAUGA